AUGGCAACAGCAGGGGUUCAAGCUCCAAAGGUAAUGCGAGACAUGGGGUCUGCAAAGCCAAGCAUGAUAUGCAUAUAUGCUCCCGAGAAAGUGGGAGUCCACCUGCAAACCCUCUCUAAUAGGGUGGUCAAUGUGGAGAAGGAGGGCAAAGUGUCAAACACCCAGAUGACGGUCCUACAGGAGAGGGUUGAGCAAUCAAGAGCAAGCUCAGCCGCGUCGACCAAAAAGUGGAUCUCACGCUCAACAUCCUGGAACGGUUCUUCGUGUUUCCCGUGGGCUUACCAGCUGUUCGCUGCAGAAUUUCACUGGCCCACUAGUGCUGGAACCACAUCCAUGUUGGUCAGAACUCCCCGAAGUCCUCUGCUGGCCCUGCUCAGUCAGCAUACGUUACCUGGGAGCGUUUUCUUUUAUAGGACGAGACCAUUAUGA